AAUGUUACAGCUCAAGCGUUUGCAUGGAAAAUUUCAAAUAACAUAAAAAAAAUUGAAGAAGGAAAUUUUAUAUCUAAAACUGUAAAUUCUUAUACUAACACAGGAAUAUGCGAACAAACUGCUCCAAAAAUUGAAGCUCUACCAGAAAAAGAACAGAUUAUUUUUAUUUUCGAUAGACUUGGAAACAAACAGUUUAAGAUAUGUCUUAAAAUGAAAAAGGAAGAUUUAGAGAGACUCAACAACACAA